GCUGGGCUCUUUUUUCAAAUUGAGGCGCCUAGUCGUUGCUCCGUUUCCUGGCAUCUGGCGGAGGCGAGAUCGCUGAUUUGACGGUCCCGGCUGGUGCGGGACUGCCUCGGGGCCAGUCAGAGCCCGCAGUGGAGAGCGGGGACGCCGAACUGCUUCCGUCGAUCCCCCCCGCCACGCCCGCACCCGGCUGGGGAGGUGGGCAUCCUAGCCCGCGCCGGUACCAGGCCUUGUUUUCUCGGAGGGUCCCGUCAUGGCGACCCAGCCGAAUUCCUCCACGAAGAAGAAGGAGGAGAAGGGGAAGAACAUCCAGGUGGUGGUGCGAUGCAGACCAUUUAAUUUGGCAGAGCGGAAAGCUAGCGCCCAUUCUGUAGUAGAAUGUGAUCACGUACGAAAAGAAGUCAGUGUACGAACUGGAGGACUGGCUGACAAGAGCUCAAGGAAAACAUACACUUUUGAUAUGGUUUUUGGCGCAUCUACUAAACAAAUAGAUGUUUAUCGAAGUAUUGUUUGUCCAAUUCUGGAUGAAGUUAUUAUGGGCUAUAAUUGCACUAUUUUUGCAUAUGGCCAAACUGGCACUGGAAAAACCUUUACAAUGGAAGGGGAAAGGUCACCUAAUGAAGAAUAUACUUGGGAGGAGGAUCCUUUGGCUGGUAUAAUUCCACGUACUCUUCAUCAGAUUUUUGAGAAACUUACUGCUAAUGGUACUGAAUUUUCAGUCAAAGUGUCUCUGUUGGAAAUCUAUAAUGAAGAACUUUUUGAUCUCCUUAAUCCAUCUUCUGAUGUUUCUGAGAGAUUACAGAUGUUUGAUGAUCCACGUAACAAGAGAGGAGUGAUAAUCAAAGGUUUAGAAGAAAUUACAGUACACAACAAGGAUGAAGUUUAUCAAAUUUUGGAGAAGGGAGCAGCAAAAAGGACAACUGCAGCAACACUGAUGAAUGCAUACUCUAGUCGUUCCCACUCAGUUUUCUCUGUUACAAUACAUAUGAAAGAAACUACAAUUGAUGGAGAGGAGCUUGUUAAAAUUGGAAAGUUGAACUUGGUUGAUCUUGCAGGAAGUGAAAACAUUGGUCGUUCUGGAGCAGUGGAUAAGAGAGCUCGGGAAGCUGGAAAUAUCAACCAAUCCCUGUUGACUUUGGGAAGAGUUAUUACUGCUCUUGUAGAAAGAACACCUCAUGUUCCUUACCGAGAAUCUAAACUAACCAGAAUCCUCCAGGAUUCUCUUGGGGGACGUACAAGGACAUCUAUAAUUGCUACAAUUUCUCCUGCAUCUCUUAAUCUUGAGGAAACUCUGAGUACAUUGGAAUAUGCUCAUAGAGCAAAGAACAUACUGAAUAAGCCUGAAGUUAACCAGAAACUAACCAAAAAAGCCCUUAUUAAGGAAUAUACAGAAGAGAUAGAGCGUCUGAAACGAGAUCUUGCUGCAGCCCGUGAAAAAAAUGGGGUGUACAUUUCUGAAGAGAAUUUUAGAGCCAUGAAUGGAAAACUAACUGUUCAAGAAGACCAGAUUGUAGAAUUGAUUGAAAAAAUUGGUGCACUUGAGGAGGAGCUAAGUAGGGUUACAGAAUUAUUUGUGGAUAAUAAAAAUGAACUUGAGCAGUGUAAAUCUGACCUACAAAAUAAGACACAGGAACUUAAAACCACUCAAAAACAUUUACAAGAAACUAAAUUACAGCUUGUUAAAGAAGAGUAUGUGUCGUCAGUUUUGGAAAGUACUGAGAAGAAACUUCAUGAUACUGCCAGCAAGUUGCUUGACACAGUUGAAGAAACUACAAAAGAUGUAUCUGGUCUCCAUUCCAAACUGGAUCGUAAGAAGGCGGUUGAUGAGCACAAUGCAGAAGCUCAGGAUAUUUUUGGCAAAAAUCUGAAUAGCCUGUUUAAUAAUAUGAAAGAAUUAAUAAGAGAUGGCAGCUCAAAACAAAAGACCAUGCUGGGACUUCACAAGACCUUGUUUGGUAACCUGCUGUCUUCCAGUGUUUUUGCAUUAGACACCAUUACUACAACAGCACUUGGAUCUCUCUCAUCUGUUCCAGAAAAUGUGUCUAAACAUGUUUCUCAGAUUUCUAAUAUGAUAUUAGAAGAACAGUCAUUAGCAGAAGAAAGUAAAACUGUACUUCAGACAUUGCUUAAUGUACUUAAGACUGACCUUCUAAGUUCACUGGAAACAAUUUUAUCCCCCACUGUGUUGGCUAUACUGAAAAUCAAUAGUCAACUAAAGCAUAUUUUCAAGACUUCACUGACAGUGGCUAAUAAGAUAGAAGAUCAGAAAAAGGAAAUGGAUGGCUUUCUCAGUACACUGUGUGACCAUUUACAUGAACUACAAGAAAAUACAAUUUCUUCCUUGGCUGAAUCCCAGAAGCUAUGUGAAAAUUUAACAGAAGAACUAAAGACAAUAAAGAAAACCCAUUCACAGGAACUUUGCCAGUUAAUCAAUCUUUGGGGAGAGAGAUUCUGUGCUUUGGAGGAAAAGUGUGAAAACAUUCAGAAACCACUUCAUAAUAUCCAAAAAAAUACAGAGCAGAAAUCUAAGGAUAUAAUCAGCAAAACAACUUCUCACAGUACAAAGUUUUGUGCUGAUUUUGAUGGCUUAUCACAGGAACUCAGACAUUUUAACCAAGAAGGUACACAGUUGGUUGAAGAGUGUGCAAAACACUGUGAUAAACUCAAUAGCAACCUUGAAAUAACAUCUCAAGACAUUAAACAGAGAUGUGAGGCUCUGAACACAAGCGCACUUUGUUUUUCUGAACAGUGGCUAUCUGGCUUAAAUAAAAGGGAAGAGGAAAUUCAGAACUUAUUGGAGGUUGUAAACCAAAGUUGUGAGGCUUCAAGUUCAGAGAUUACUGAAAAAUUAAGUGGACAUAAAGAAGUUAAUGAGAACCACCGUAAUAGUUUUCUUGGUCAGAUAAAUAUUGACGAAGAAAAAUUAAUGGCACAAAAUCUAGAACUUAAUGAAACCAUAAAAAUUGGUUUGACUAAGCUUAAUUGCUUUCUGCAACAGGAUCUGAAACUGGAUAUCCCAACAGGAACAACACCGCAGAGGAAAAAUUAUUUAUACCCAUCAACACUGGUGAGAACUGAACCACGUGAACUGCUCCUUGAUCAGUUGGAAAGGAAACAACCUGAGCUGUUAAUGAUGCUAAGCUGUUCAGAAAACAAUCCAGAAGACACCAGUCAGGACUUGAAUGAAGAAAAGGCAGUUCUGGAACACACUAUUGAAGAACCUUUAAAUCAAGAGCCAUCUGUAAAUGCUAGUGUGGAUUGUUCCUCAAGUAGUGGGGUUCCGUUUUUCCAGCAUAAAAAAUCAUAUGGAAAAGACAAAGAAAACAGAGGCAUUAAUCCAGUGGAGAGGUCUAAAGUAGAAGAAACUACUGAACAAUCGGUUACAAAGAGCAGAUUACCUCUACGAGCCCAGAUAAAUCUUUAGUUAACUCGAGGGUUUUAAAUUUUAUUUUUAAUUAAAAUGAAAAAUAAAACCCAUAACUCCAGAACCUUGAGCCUUGUGUAUAGAUUAAAAACAAAUAGAAAAUAUCAAGGCAAUAUUGUAAAUUAAGUUGAAUUUAAUGUGUUCCCAUUUUUUCUGUUAUUCUGUAGUUCACUGUGUAUUAAGUGGGUUUCAUUUGGGAUUUGCAUUGAGUAAACAUGUAUUUCUAGCUUUGGAUAUAAAAUUGUCCUUUUAUAACAAAUGAAAAAUAUUUUUGUCUAUUACUAAAUAGCAAAUAUAUAGGAGCUGCACUAUUCUUCUAGGCUUGAACAGUAAUUAUCACCAAUGCUUGGUCUUGGGAAGGACCAUCUCCUUUCUUUUAUUUUUUAUUUUUUUACUAUGAUUGAAUUAUGUCUAUAUUUGCUUGCCUCCUUCCUUAGACUUUGCAAUUCUGCCUUCUUAAGUUCACUUUCUCCCAUUUUAUUUGUCAAUAAACCAUUUGUAGAGCUCCAGAUUGGUAUUCAUUUAUUAUGAGAUAGCCAGAAUUUUACCUUGCUAUCUUUAAUACUUUUUUAUGGUUAUCUCUGAAAUCACUGUCAACAAUAAACAUCACCCAAGGAGGUCCUUUCAGUUGUUUACUUCUUUACCCCCUAGACAUGCAAGCAUUUAAUUCCUUUAUGAGGCCUAACACAUGAGCCUCCACUGAGUUCAUAAAAAUCCAGCUUCUUUAGAAUAUAGAUUGCUGUUAUGGGAGAACUACCUAAAUCUCUGAUUAAUGGCUGUGUGACCCCAUUUUAAUGCCUGUGUCUUACACAGAAAGUCACAGUAGUUUAAGGGCUUUUUGAAGCUAUUAAUUAUGACUAUAAUUUGUAUUCUUUUGUUUACCUGAUAAAACUUGUUCUUUGUAUAUAAUAAAAUGUGCAUAUGUGUAUUUUUUUCUAUUGAAAUCUUAAUCUUUAGAAGAGCUUUGAUAAUUUUGAUCUGGCAACCAAAUUUCUGGAAGUUGAGAUAUUUCAACAUGAAGAACCAGAACACUUAGAAGAAAUUAAUUAGUCCCUCCUUAUCCACGGUUUUGCUUCUGUGGUUUCAUUCACAGUUACCCACGGUCUGAAAAUAUUAAAUGGAAAAUUUAAGAAAUAAACAAUUCAUAAAUUUUUAAAUUGUGCGCCUUUCUGAGUAGCAUGGGGAAAUCUUGCGCCGCCCUUUUCCAUCCCACUUGGAGUGUGAAUGGUCUUUGCCCAGCAUAUCCAGUAGUGGUGUCCGCAAUCAGAUUGCUGCAACGUAGCAGUGCUUGUUUUCGAGUAACCCUUAUUUAAUGUCCUCAGGAUGUAAGAGUACUGAUGCUGGCAAUUUGCAUGUGCUAAAGAGAAGCUGUAAAGUGCAUCCUUUAAGUGAAAAGUUGGAAGUUCUCAACAUAAUAAGAAAAAAAAUAUUCUGAGGUUGCUAAGAUCUAUGGUUACAAAUUUUCUAUCUGUGAAAUUGUAAAGAAGGAAAGAAAUUUGUGCUAGUUUUGCUUUACCUCAAAAACUGCAAAAGUUAUGGCCACAGACAGUGUUUGAUAAGUGCUUAGUUAAGAUGGAAAAGGCAUUAAAUGUGUGGGUGGAAGACAUGAAUAGCAAACGUUUCAGAAAACAUUGAGCCUAUACGAACUCUAAGGAAUCUUCUGAAUGAAUAACACCAAGCUAUUUACUGCAAACCAGGGAUGGUUACACAUUCAGGAAUAGGUUUUGGACUGAAAAAUGAAAAAUUAUCGAGAGGCCGUGUCUGCUGAUGGAGCUGCUACCGCAUUUCUGCCAGAGUUGAAGCUGAUUAGAUUCCGUUUCAGGGCAUCCACUGUGGGGGGUGGAAUGUUACCCUGCAGGUAAGGGGGAGCUGCUUGAUGCACAGUGAAUUUUGUGCCCAGGUUAAGUAUAAAGUUAGAGAGGUUUGACUUUGAUACUAAAUAAAACCAAAUCCUAUUGGAGAAUUAGAAAACGGGCUAUUUUGAGGAAUAAAUUUAUCUUUCAGAGGUGCUAUCUUGAUGAAAAUGAUAUUUCUCUACAAAAUCAGAUGUCAACACAAGCUAUGGAUAAUAUCUAAUAAAAUAAAUUGCUCUCAGUAAACCCAUGAUUAAGAAAUUUGGUUUCUGCAUUAA